AUGGAGAAAGGGAAAGAGCACGCAUCUCCGUUAACACCUCCUACCACAGAUCCACCAACAAAUUCAUCAACUCAGGUGAUAGCAAGACCCUUUUAUCCACAAUUCUCAAUACCUCAUACCACAAGUCCAGCAACACAGCUAAUACCAAGACCAUGGUAUUCGGAUUUAUCAGCACCUCCAACCACUGAUUCAUCAACCAAUAUAGCAUCGCAGGUGAUACCGACGCUAUUUUAUCCGAACUUCCAAAACUAUAUGCAUGGUUUGCAUGCACAAAUGCCAUAUGCGUGGUUACCACCAUUUGUUUCUCGUCCUGAUUCCAACCCAAAGAAGCUGACUAGUCAGGAAAAUCUUGUAUCUCCAUUUCACUCUUCAACUACUCCUCAGGUUGAUAUAAACUUUGCAAGCUCAAGUCAUGUCGAAGAAAUUCAGGACCCCACACCUGACUCUGGGGAAGCCGAGACUUUGUCCAUGCCCUCUGUGCGUGAUACUGUUGAAUCCAAAGAUAACGAGACGUCUGGGAUACAAAAUACAGCCCCGACUGAUGGUGGUAAUAGUAUUGAGGAGCCCAAGUUGGGGAUGGUGUUUAGUUCCGAAGAAGAGUUAGUUUCUUAUUAUAAGAAAUAUGGGAAACAAUGUGGUUUCGAGAUAACGACACAAAGGAGUAAGAGGGAUGAGAAUGAGAGUCUGAGAUAUGUCACGUUGGGUUGUGCUCGUGGUGGGAAGGCACGAAACCGAACCUCAAAUGUCGCAAGACCACGUCCAACAUCAAAAACAGAGUGUAAGGCGAAGAUAAAUUCUACAUUUGUUGAUGGGAUGUUGAAAAUAUUAACAGUUCACAAUACACACAACCACGGCCUGUCCCCACAAAAAUCAAGAUUUUUUCGCUGCAAUAGAGAAGUGAGCGAAUCAGUAAAGAGAGUGUUAGAUAUAAAUGAUCAAGCUGGCAUCCGAAUGAAUAAGAGUUUUGCUGCUCUUGUGCAAGAAGCUGGUGGGUUCGAGAACUUGCCGUUCCUAGAAAAAGACUGUCGUAAUUAUAUCGACAAGGCACGUCACCUUCGACUUGGGAAAGGUGGCGCUGGAGCCCUUCGUGAGUAUUUUGCGAGGAUGCAAUACAGGAAUGACGGGUUUUUUUCAAUGAUGGAUUUCGAUGAUGAUGGCAGAUUGAGGAAUGUUUUUUGGGCAGAUGCACGAAGUAGGGCAGCUUACCAAUAUUUUGGUGAUGUCGUCACAUUCGACACCACAUAUUUGACAAACAGGUAUGGAAUGCCAUUUGCACCAUUUGUGGGUGUAAAUCACCAUGGUCAGUCAAUCCUUUUGGGAGCAGGAUUGAUCUCUAGUGAAGAUACAGAAACGUUUACAUGGUUGUUCCAAACUUGGUUGAAUUGUAUGGAAGGUAAAGCUCCGAAUGCCAUCAUCACAGACCAAGAUAGAGCAAUGAAAAAUGCCAUUGCUAUCGUCUUUCCAAACACCCGACAUAGAUUCUGCCUUUGGCACAUUUUGAAGAAAGUACCUGAGAAGCUCGGUUCACAUGGUGCAUACAAAACUGGGUUGAAAAGUCAGUUGUUAAAGUGUGUGUAUGAUUCUCAAACAAUUGAAGAAUUUGAGAAAUGUUGGGAAUUGUUAAUUACGACAUACAACUUGCAGGAGAAUGCCUGGUUGCAGAGUUUAUACACGGAGCGUACGACAAAUUUAAAAGAGUUUGUCGAUCAAUACGAUAAUGCGUUAAAGAAGAAGAUUGAGAAUGAAAAUGGGGCGGACUUCCACUCAUUUAAUGUCACAAUACCCGUGGUGUCAGUCAAUCCACUUGAAAAGAUAUUUCAGGAAUUGUACACGAACUCUAAAUUUAGAGAAGUUCAGCAGGAGAUAAUGAAGAUGCUUGGUUGUCUUCCAAUUUUACACCAAAAGGAUGGUGUAAUUGCAAUAUAUCAUGUAGAAGAUGAAGUUCGUGUUGAUGGUUUCAUCAAGGAGAUUACCCAUUGUGUGUACUUUAAUGAGACUACGUGCGAGGCCAAGUGUUCCUGUGGAUUGUUUGAGAUGAGAGGGAUCCUAUGUACACAUGUAUUAGUCAUUUUCAAAAUGAAUCAUGUUCAUGAUGUGCCAGAGAAGUAUAUAUUGGAUCGAUGGAGAAAGGACAUAAAAAGGAGAUACACUGUUAUGAAAAGUAAUUAUGAUGUAGCUGAUGCGAGGCCAGAACAUCAUGUGAUGACCAUGCUGAGGAUAUGA